AAAUCUCAAAUUCAAAAAACCGUUUGUAACUUGAAAUAUCAUCCAAACAAGUGUUAUUUCUGUUUAUGUUUUUUACUAAUUAAUUCCUUAAUUUUUCCCAAUUAUUUUAUUUUGCAUAGAUAACUGAAGUUUAUAUUUGUUGGAAUCAAUCUCAUCUCUAGAUCGGAUCAUUUGUAAUAUUUAAAAGUGAUUUAAGCGUUAGUUGUACAAUGUUUCUCAAUGAACUUCCAGAGGAAUGUUUACUCAUCAUUUUUGGUCUGAUAAAUGAAUUGGAUGAUUUAGUAAGCUGCUACAAAGUAUGCAGCAAAUGGAGCCGUUUAAUUGAAGAGCGAACUAGAAAGGUUAAAUAUUUGCUUGGUGAUUGGCCAGAUGAGGAGCCAUCUCCAAGUUAUCCGUUGAAUCAUGUUUAUUAUCGAACAGAGGAACCAAUCGAUGGAACAUGUUUGAGUACAUUAUUUCCUAAUUUAAUAGUUGCCGAAUUUCUUGGGAAACUCUGUAAAAAAGUAGAUCAUGAAGAUAUUGUUACAUUGGUCAAAAAGAUAAAAUCUUUCAAAGGAAUAAUUGAUCAUUUUUAUAACAGGGAUGAAUCAGUUUUCCAAUAUUGUGAUGAUCUAGAAAUGGUAUCAACGGAUUGCGUAUGGGACAUUGAGUCGUUCAUAAAAAAGAAGGGUGCCGGCAUCAAACAAUUGCAACUGCGGAAUUCUACUCUAGAUAGCUUCAUAAAUGAUGUCAAAUAUUUUCCAAAUCUUGAAAGACUGUUCAUUUGUGAUUAUGAAGAGUUUCCAGAUGGCCUCGAGCCAGAUGGUGCCAUAUUAAGCAGACUCAAAAUAGUUGAACUGUCCUUAAAUAAUUAUUGUAGUCACAAUCAUCAGGGUUUCAAGUUCAUGAACUCAUGUCGAAACUUACAAAGUGCUCAUAUUAGAUUGGAAUGUAAUCACAUUUCUGUUGGUGGACAAUUAAAACAUGAAUCUUUGCGAGAUUUAGUUUUAGAAUGUGUAAGUAUUUGUUUCAUGUAUUUGCUUGGUUGUGAAUAUUCUUAAAGUUUCUUUCAAAAU